CUCAAAUUCUCAUUUCCCAAUGCAAGGUUACCUUCCAGAUUCAAGUUGGUUAUUCUUUUUCUGACCCUGAAACAGAAUAACGUUAGCUUAGUGUCAGCCACGCCGCUUAAGCUAAAAACAGCUAAAAUAGAGGUCAGCGCGCAGCAGGAGGAUCAGCAUUGCAUGUGAUAAGGGCCUACAACCUAAAGUACUAAGCCUUAGCAACAUCUCUCUUCAAUCUACCUCACGAACAACACAGAACACAACACUAGAAUCUAGGCAAAUCUGGUGAAACCAUGACGACCUCUACUACCAUUAAGCAACCGGACGUUCAACAGGUUUUAGGACAUCUCUUACCCUCGCUCCCGGCCGCUGCACUAUCAACGGAACCGGCAGAAAACGUCUUACCUCUUCUCUCUCCCAUUCUUAGGCAACGAGUCCAACUUUUAUCAACAGCAUCUAGUUCAGAUCCAUGGAUUCGAUUAUUAUGUUAUGACCCCUCAAAAGUUCCCAGGUUGACGGAGAUCGCUCAGAGUGAUCGAUUGGAGCCUCACCCCGCGUCUGGUGAAGUGGAGAUCGAUUGGGAUUAUGACGCCGAAAUUCGUUACCGACGAGUGGACGAAGAAACUCUUCAGGCGCUCGUGGUUUUUAGAGAUCUAGAAUUGACAUUUCGAUUGAUUUAUUGUGUCGGAGAUCCGCUCGGUGAUGGUUGGAAAGUCGGCGAGGUUAGCGUCGCCGAGAAACCAUCGCCAUUUUCGUCGUUUGGAGGUGUCUCGAACAUUGUCGAAGCUGAGAGGCAGUUCAAGGAAUCGAAGUCGAAGACUUCCCAGAGCAAUGGGAUCUCGAGCAGUCGAGGUGCCUUCGUGACUCAUGACGACGAUGAGGAAGACGACGACGAUUACUGGGCGAGGUACGAUGCAACACCAGCGAGAACGCCUGCUAUCAAAAGGUCACCUGCACCACAAUCCGGCCAUGGGACUGCCGAGGAUGAUUAUUACGCUCAAUAUGAUGACGUCCAGCCGGCCAUGGACAACCAUGACCCGGACGAGGAAGCAAAUCUUCGUAGCAUAGCACCACCUCUAGGUUUGGGCGCAAGGCCUGAACUCCCCGUUGUAAAUGGGAGCGAUGACGAGGUGGAGGUUAACGAAACUCAAGGCUCGUGGACACUUGCCAACCCGCCUAGAUCGCCUUCUACUCACUCGAGAAGAAGCGGUGAUGACCCGAAUUUGGUUCAUCCCCAUCCGAGACCUGCCUCCAGCGCCGGGUCCAAUGCGUCAGUCGAGAAGCUCGAGGCGGCGGCAGCAAAACAGGAGCAGAACGACUUUGGAGUGAAGCAGCACGUGUCCCGAAGCAUCAAGAGUUUAUAUCAGCUAUCCCGUGCAUCGGGGAUUGAUCGCGAGGAAUUCGAACGAUUGGUGAAAGUUGAGCUGGACAUGUUAGGACUGAUGGAAGAAUGAAAAUAUUCGUUGCAAUUUGCAAACAUAAGAUUGCACUUAUUUUAAGGUUGGGAAAGCUGAUCUAUGCCAGGUAUUUGAAUGGUGAAUGGCGUCUGGGGUUUGGAUUUUUGGCGGGUCCCAGAAGCUUGGGAUUUAUGGUUGCCAACGUUUUGUUGGGGUGCUCCGGGAGCCGAGUUACAGCGCACGGCGUAACUAUUUCAGGAUUAUCUUGCAUCUAACGGUGUUGGUUGGCUAUCAUGGUCGUGGUUAAGGUCAUGGAUGGGAUAGUCUGGACAGAAUAGCGAGCACAUCUAGAUAUUCACGAGCCUCUGACGAAGAAUGUAAAGUAAGGUUAAUCGAAAUCAUUUAUAUUACCUUUCCAUCUUAACUGC